UCAUAAUAAACAAAGAGGUCUCAGUAAACCAGCCGUAUCCAUGACAACUGUUGUUGUUUGAAUCAAAGAUGUUGACUUAUUUGAUAGCUAUCGUUCGAUGUAAUACGUAUUUCUUAAUUUUCUAGGAUCACUAGUAGUUUUUUAUUCAUUAUACCUCAUUAGUUACAGUAUCGACCAUGACUACUCAGUCGCCGCCUAAUAUUUCCGCUCGCAUUUUCUACGGACUUCGCACAGAUAUUCAGUACAAUGCCCACUAUUUGUCGGAGUCAGAGAUUCUGUACCCUGCUGGAGGUGUCAUCGUCAUCCACAACCACCUCCAGAAGAAACAGAAGUUCAUCAGGCUACAAGAUAAACACAAACCAAUCAAGUCCUUGGUUCUGGCGCCGAACCGACGAUGGCUUGCAUUAAACGAGAUUGCAGAAGAGGGUCAAAAACCUAUUAUAACCAUCUAUGACCUCACGACGUACAAACGCCGAAAGAUUUUGACCGUUCCCUUUGAGCAUUCUCAAGCAAGAGAGUUCGCGUGUGUGCAGUUUACCCAUGACUCAAAAUAUCUUGUGGCGAUAACUGGCGAGCCGGACUGGUAUUUGUACUACUAUAAUUGGGACAAGGGCAAGGUUGAAAGCCACGCUAAAGCGCAAAACCCGAGCGGUCAAGGCAUCGUUCGAAAUGUGUCAUGCAAUCCCACGGAUGCGACUCUAGUGGUUAUAACAGGACCGUACACUUUCCGCAUUAUGAAUGUGUCUGAAACUGUUUGGCGUCAGUGGGGCUGGUGUAAAGCUGAAAAUACAAUCAUAACUAGCUGCAUGUGGCUAACGCCGGACCGCAUCAUGUUCGGCACGGACAACGGGAUGAUCAUGAUGGUGGAGAACGGCGAACUUAGACAGAACUGCAUUUUUAAAGCCGCUGAAGUCACGGAAAUGUCGCUGAAGAAAGUUGAGGCUGAACAGGAGCAAGACACGACAGAUAGAGCCAGCACGUCCAGCAGGCAAGACUCGGCCAGUGAAGACAAGGGAGACGAGGAAAGUUAUCCAGUCACCAGCUUUGUCAAUUUCGCUAAAGGAUUUGUAUUCGGUUGUGGGCCAGGGUAUGUUCACAUGUUUGAAAAGGAAUCCCUCCAUCAAUGGAGAAAGAGAAAUGUCUUUAGGAUUAGUAAAAAAUCUUACAAGCAUACUCGUGAGCAUCCACUGUGGUCUACACUUGAUGAAAUUCAACACAUUACAGUUGAUCCUAAUCAAGAAACCGUGCUUAUAACAACUUUGAGGAAGCAAUUAUACUAUGUGAAAUUGUUUGGACAGCAUAUGUUACAGAACCCCGAGAUAACAUUUAGCGAACUGGGUCCAGCGAUGCAUUAUGGUCGUAUAAACUCCUUAUCGAUGUGUGCCUGGAAACCAAUAUUCAUGACAGCGGGAGAACAGGACAAGAGCAUAAGGAUCUGGAACUACAUGACAGAUGAUGUGGAGAUGAUUAAAUUGUAUCAGGAGGAAAUCCACUGCGUGUCCUUGCACCCUACCGGUCUGUUUGCAAUUGUUGGCUUUUCGGAUAAACUUCGUUUUAUGGUGGUGUUAAUAGAUGACUUUGAAGUCAUGAGAGAGUUUCCUAUAAGGAAUUGCAAGCAAGCCAAGUUUAGUAGCAAUGGACAUUUGUUUGCUGCAGUCAACGGUCAAGUCAUUCAAGUGUUUUCUUCGGUGUCAUUUCAGAAUGUUUUUAAUUUAAAAGGACAUAAUGGGAGGAUUACCAGUCUAUCAUGGUCGGCAAAAGACUUAACAAUGAUAUCGUGCGGCACUGAAGGCGCUGUCUAUGAAUGGAGUAUGGUGACCGGACAACGAGUUGGAGAAGUUAUUUUGAAAACUAACCAGUUUAAUGCUUGCGCUGUAAAUAGCAUUGGGAAAACAGUGUACGGUGUUGGAUCCGAUGGAGAAAUCAAAGAAAUUGGUGCUAAUACCAUUAGAAGAAAUUUGAGCUUGAUCGGCGCCCCACUGGAUACGGUCGUACUUUCUCGAUCGGACUUGAUGCUAUUUAUUAGCGGUGGACCAGGGGGAAUUACCUCAAUACAGCUGCCGUUGUUAGAUAAAGCUAUAUUCAAUGAAUUCCACAUGCACAACAAAAGAGUGACUGGUAUUGCGCUAUCAUACGACGACCAGACACUGGUCUCAGUGGCCGAGGACGCUUCCAUUUGUUUGUGGAGGCUGACGAACGCUGACGGAAGAGCUAUCGCAUUGGAUAAAGAUUUUGCGUACUCCAAAGAAAUUUUGAUAAGCAAAAGGGACUUACAGGAGAAAAUAAAUAACAUAAAUUUAUUGAGUACGCGAAUGAGUGAACUUGAAACAGAGCACACAUAUCAAUUACGUCAAGCUGAGGCGACACAAGCAGAAAAAUUGAAGGAGGUUCAUGAAGGCUAUUGCGCUGCCAUUGAGGAACUUAAGGAAAAGAACGAGCAAAUGGAAAAUGAACACACUCACGAAAUAGGCAUGAUUCAACAAGACAUAGCUAAGUUGCGGUCGGGCCAUGAGAGAACGUUGCAAGCCUUAGAAGCCGAUUUCAAUGUUAGACUGAUUAGCGAGUACGACAGAUACCAGAGUCUUGAAGACAAGACGGCUAGAAUGAGAAAAGAUUAUGAGCAAAGGCUAGAAGAACUCGCGGAGAGCAAACGACAAGCCCUGAGGGAAAUGAAUAACAUGUUUGAAUCGAGGUUGGAAGAAAAAGAUCUUAUGCUACAGGAGUUACAAGAACAAGCAGAUAUGGAGAAAAAAGAACACGAAACAAUUAAAACAUCUAUCGAAGAAGAUGCUGAUCGUGAAAUUAUUGAAAUUCGUACAGCAUACGAAGUUCAGUUGAAGGAAGAAAAAGAUUCCAAUGUGCGUCUCAAGGGAGAAACGGGGCUUAUGAAAAAGAAAUUGAUUAGUGCACAUAAAGACAUUGACGAAUUCAAACAUCAAAUAUCACAAUUAAAAGCCGAACAUAAACAGUUCCAAAAAGUAAUUUCAACUCUUGAACGUGACGUUGCGGAUUUGAAGAAAGAAAUUGGCGAACGAGACAGUUCAAUACAGGACAAAGAAAAGAGAAUAUACGAACUAAAACGGAAGAAACAAGAGCUUGAGAAGUAUAAGUUUGUAUUGAACUUCAAGAUCACUGAAUUGAAGAAUCAGAUAGACCCGUUAGAACGCGAAAUUAAAGCGAAAAAAGUUCGCAUACUUGAGUUGGAAGUCUCAUUGGAAAGUCUUCUAAAGAAAAAAGCUUAUCGUGAACUUAAAAUACAGCAACUCAACGAGAAAUUAAGUUCGGCUAAAAAAGACUUCUUGGCUGAAGCGGAUAGGAACUUAACAUUGAAAAAUACAUUAAAGAAAAUUAAAAUUGAUCUGCACAACAUGACUGCUGAAUUCCAAGAUCCUAUGAAGUUAAAGUUAGCAGUGAAAACUCUAUUUCACAAAUACGUGGAAGACAUCGAUUUUGUCCGGAGUCGCAUAGCGGACGACGAGGCAGUUCGAGAGUUCAAUCGUCAGAGAGAUCACUUGGAGAAGCAAGUGGCAGGCCUCAAGUACCAGCUCAACAAAGCCCUCGGCGGCUCCAAGAGCGAUAUCGGCAAAAUUAUGGACGAAAACUGCACACUGCUUACGGAGAUCAACAACCUGCGUACCGAGUUGAAAUCUACUCGAACUAGAUGCUUCCAAAUGGAAUCUAUCCUGGGCCUCUCUGCUCGGUACAUUCCGCCGGCCACUGCGCGUGCCAAACUCAAACACGUUACCGAAGACAGGGAGAAACUCGAUGAGAAGUUCAAGCAGAAAAUCGAGGAAAAGGAGGAAGUUAUUACGGCGUUGAAGGAAGAAAACGAACGCUUGCUUGUGAAAGUGAGAUGCAAGGGAGAUGAACCAUCGUGGGCAUACGACGCUAAUGCUCAAUAUUAAUGUACCUUAGAACAUGUUUGAAUAGAUUAUUUACCUACUACUCAAUAUUAAUUUCAAUUAAUAAAAUAUCUGGCUAUAAAUGUUGA